AUGAAAUAUUGCACCGUAUAUACGACUGUUGCAAAACGAUCAUUUACUGAAAAUCAUGUAACGAAACUAUCAAGCAAGCAGUAUUCCAAUCAGCUAUUGCAUUUCAUUAAGCAAAAAAUUAACUUAAAUGGACCGAUGAGUGUUGCUGAUUACAUGCGUCUUACAGCUUCAUCACCUUUUGGUGGCUAUUAUUCGCGUCAUGGUAGUAAAAUAUUUGGUGAAAAAGGCGACUUUGUUACUGCUCCCGAACUAACACAAAUGUUCGGUGAACUUAUCGGUGUAUGGUGCUGCUACGAACUCAAUAAUACCGGACAUAACGAGGAAUGGCAGUUAGUGGAAAAUGGUCCUGGUACAGGACAGCUGAUUUUUUUUUGGGUGACGAAAGGAUCUAUUCAUCUUGUGGAAACAUCUGACGCUUUACUGAGUCAGCAGGAAUCUCUGCUUUGUGAACAAUCAUCACAUUUCAUUGAUGGAAAGCCAUAUGUUCGACAUAAUGUGACGAAAGAUGGUUUUCCGAUAUACUGGUAUCGCAAUGUUGAUGAUAUUCCUGCUAAAUUUUCUGUAUUCAUAAGCAACGAGUUUCUGGAUGCCUUACCAGUAAAUCAAUUUAAACGAGAUGAUGAAGGCAAAUGGCACGAAGUAUACGUGAAUUUGGAUAAAGACGACAAACUUUGUUUUAUGCUGUCAAGAUCGGAAAAUUUGCAUACUUUUGGUUUAUUACCGAAAAAAAUUCGUGAGGAUUCAUCAAUCAAAGAAUGGGAGAUCAGCAUUGGCGCUGGUACUUACGUCAAUCAGGUCGCUGAUAGUAUUACGAAAUUUGGUGGUUUUGUGUUGAUAAUAGAUUAUGGGCAUGAUGGUACAAGAAAGGAUUUAUCUCUGCGAGCCUAUAAAGAUCAUCAAAUUGUACAUCCUCUGGAAAAUCCUGGAGAACAUGAUAUAACUGCUGAUGUCAAUUUUGGAUAUUUGAAGAGUCUCAUCAAAGACCGAACACUGGUUUUUGGGCCAAUUGAACAGCGAGAAUUUCUUGCUCAAAUGGGAAUUGGAUUAAGGCUGGAAAAACUAUUGGCAAGUUGUAAAACAAAGGAAGAAAAAAAAAAUUUAUUGAGAUCAUGUGAAAUGUUGCUGAGUGAAAAAGGUAUGGGUGAGCGGUUCAAAGUAAUGAGUAUAUUUCCUAAAACAUUAGAAAGUAUCUUAAGUCAACGUAGAGGGCCGGCCGGUUUUGCGGGUGCAUGA